AUGUUUCGACUUGGGUUGCUGCAGCAGGAAAUCGCCUUCCCAGAAGACUCUGGGACAUGGAAGGUAAGUGACUUCAAAAGUGAGUUGGCCAUACCUAAGGGCAAAGUAGUACAACAGUUUGGCAAGUGGGGAAAGAGAGGUGAGGUUAAGAAGUGGAAGCAAGAGGACCCAUCCAAUCCACGUGACUCGGUCACAAUAAAGGUAGGUUACAUGAAAUCCAUCCCUCCACACACCCCUUCCCUUGUCAUCCUUGACUAUCCUGAUGGAGUUUCCCUUGGUCCUAGAACCAAAGCACUGCCCCACAACGUAAUGGUGAUGGCCGGAAAUAAGGAGUGUAAGGUGGAUCCGAAAGUGAGUGAAAACGACCCUAACAAUCUCUACUACUGUGACAGCAGCAUGAGAUGCUGCGACGAGAACGGCCAGCCAACCUGCUGCGCGAGUCAGCCCAGCGAUGCCGCCGUGAUCCAACAGGUGAAGCUCUGGGGAGGCGUGUUCGGCAUCAUCUUCCUGGUCGCCUUGGGGAUGUUCUUCUGCCGGAAGGACGUGAACGUCCUCCCCGAAGAUCGGACCUGCUGCUGCUGCCGACCCAAGGCCACCCACGGAAUGCAAAGUGAUUUCACCCAGCACCAGGUGGCUGCAAGAGAGUGCACAUUAUCUUCUAUCCACUGGAGCUACAACACCAUGGUCAUAGAAUUCAACAUGGCUGCCAAAGUGAUACAGUUGCUAUGUGAUAACUUGAAGCUGAUCAAGGAUUCAGCCAGCUUGAAAUUUGGACCAGGGACAUAUGAAGAUUCUGCUCAGCAAUUCUUCAUCAACAUGUUUCGAAUUGGACAGAUGAUGGACAAACAUACUCUCAUGGAAAACACUGAAGCAUUAAUAGAAUGGGAUGGUGAUGCCAAAACAGAGUGUAUCAAUAGAUCAGGGAUUCAGUAUUUCAGGGAUUUGUAUGCAUAUGUUGAAACAGUUGAUGGGAAGAAACUGCAGGAAGAACUGGAAGUAAUAUUUGCUGAUGAUGUGGAAUUUUUGGAUGAACAUUUUCAAGUUUGGGUGGAGAAUGAUAGGGAUGACAGCAUUUUUAAAGGUGACCCUCUAAAUGUGCCUGAUUCUCAUUGGUGGUGGAAGCCCUAG